AUGGCAACGUUUCAAGCUCCACAAGCAUUGGACCUUAGUGGCAACGUAGCUGAAAAUUGGAAAAGAUUUAAGCAACGUUUUAUGCUCUACUUGGAAGCCCUGGGAUCCGACAAGAUGCCCGAGAGACGAAAAAUAGCUAUAUUGCUGACCACUAUAGGUGAUGCGGCUCUAGAAGUGUAUAAUACCUUCUCGUUUAGUGAGUCAACUCCCAAACUCGAAGAAGUUAUAGGAGAAUUUGAUAAGUACUGUCAGCCACUAAAAAACAUAAUUUUUGAACGGUUUAAGUUUCACUCAUUGGGACAGAAGGAAGGUCAGUCGGUUGAUUCUUACGUGACAGAACUGAAGAAAGCAGCAUCCAACUGUGAAUUUAAAGACGAAGAAGAUAUGAUUCGAGACAGACUGGUGCUAGGGAUUCGCGAUAAAGUGAUGCAGGAACGUCUGCUGCGAGAUACAAGCCUCACUCUCAAGAAAGCCGUUGAGUUCUGCCGAACUUGUGAAACAAGUCAAAACCAGGUUAGAGAACUUCAAAAUACAGUGGAGUCUAUCAAAGUUACAGGUAGGCCUAUGUCUAGUAACAAUACUUCUAGGUUACCUUCUAAGGUAGGCUCAAAGCAACACAAUGAAUUCUUUUUAUGUAAGAAGUGUGCAAACACCCAUAGAGCUCGGAACUGUCCAGCCUAUAACAAGAACUGUGCUUUGUGCAAGGACAAACAUCAUUUUGCUAAGUGCUGCCCUAAUAAAGAUAGACUUAAAUUUAGUAACAAGGCUAACGGUAAACCGAAGAAGAAAGUUUAUGAAGUUGAAACAGACACUGCGACUGCGGAUCAACUUGUUGAGGAUGAAUAUGCAAUAGGCGUAGACUUUUUCAGUGAAUCUGAUGAUCUCUUUGUUAACUCUCUAGAAAAUAAGUCACCUGAUAAUGCUGCCAUUACUGUAGCUUCAUCUAGUUGGUAA